GGCUGUGCCCGCAGGUGCCGCGCGCCAUGGCCCCCCCCAAGGACAUCAUGACCAACUCGCACGCCAAGUCCAUCCUCAACGCCAUGAACGCCCUGCGGAAAAGCAACACGCUGUGCGACGUCACCCUCCGCGUGGAGCACAAGGACUUCCCGGCCCAUCGCAUCGUCCUGGCCGCCUGCAGCGACUACUUCUGCGCCAUGUUCACCAGCGAGCUCUCUGAGAAAGACAAACCCUACGUGGAUAUCCAGGGACUGACAGCUUCCACCAUGGAAAUCCUGCUGGACUUUGUAUACACAGAAACUGUUCAUGUGACCGUAGAGAACGUCCAAGAGCUGCUCCCCGCGGCGUGUCUGCUCCAGCUGAAAGGUGUGAAACAAGCUUGCUGUGAAUUUCUAGAAAGCCAGCUGGAUCCAUCCAAUUGUUUGGGCAUUCGGGAUUUUGCUGAGACACACAAUUGUGUUGAUCUAAUGCAAGCUGCAGAGGUCUUCAGCCAGAAACAUUUCCCAGAGGUGGUUCAGCAUGAAGAGUUUAUCCUCUUAAAUCAAGAAGAGGUUGAAAAGCUCAUCAAGUGUGAUGAAAUUCAGGUGGACUCCGAGGAGCCGGUGUUUGAGGCAGUGAUCAACUGGGUGAAGCACUCCAAGAAGGAGCGGGAGGCGUCGCUGCCCGAGCUGCUGCAGUACGUGCGGAUGCCGCUGCUCACCCCGCGCUACAUCACCGACGUGAUCGACACCGAGCCCUUCAUCCGGUGCAGCCUGCAGUGCAGAGACCUUGUAGAUGAAGCCAAGAAAUUUCAUCUUCGGCCCGAGCUCCGGAGUCAGAUGCAAGGACCCAGGACAAGAGCGCGUCUGGGAGCAAACGAAGUGCUGCUGGUGAUCGGCGGCUUCGGCAGCCAGCAGUCACCCAUCGACGUGGUGGAGAAAUACGACCCAAAGACUCAGGAGUGGAGUUUCUUGCCAAGCAUCACCCGGAAGAGGCGCUAUGUCGCCACAGUGUCCCUGCACGACCGCAUCUACGUGAUCGGGGGGUACGAUGGGCGCUCCCGCCUCAGCUCUGUGGAGUGCUUGGAUUAUACAUCAGAUGAGGAUGGGAUCUGGUACUCUGUGGCUCCUAUGAAUGUACGCCGAGGCCUGGCAGGAGCCACCACCCUUGGAGACAUGAUCUACGUGUCCGGGGGGUUUGACGGGAGCCGCCGUCACACCAGUAUGGAGCGAUACGACCCCAACAUUGACCAGUGGAGCAUGCUGGGAGACAUGCAGACAGCACGGGAGGGAGCAGGGCUUGUUGUAGCUAAUGGAGUUAUCUACUGCCUCGGUGGCUAUGAUGGGCUGAACAUACUGAACUCAGUAGAGAGGUAUGAUCCCCACACUGGACACUGGACAAAUGUCACCCCAAUGGCCACUAAGCGCUCAGGGGCUGGAGUGGCUCUGCUGAACGACCACAUUUAUGUGGUUGGUGGCUUCGACGGGACAGCUCAUCUCUCUUCUGUGGAAGCCUAUAAUAUUCGCACUGACUCCUGGACGACUGUCACCAGCAUGACGACCCCCCGCUGCUACGUGGGGGCCACGGUGCUGCGGGGCAGGCUCUACGCCAUCGCGGGGUACGAUGGCAACUCACUGCUGAGCAGCAUUGAGUGCUAUGAUCCCGUCAUUGACAGCUGGGAAGUGGUGACCUCCCUGGGGAUGCAGCGCUGCGACGCUGGAGUCUGUGUCCUUCGGGAGAAGUGA